UAUUUUGAAAUAGCCGGAUUACCGUAAAGCAGCAGCUUUGGCUAAACUUAGCUGCUUCUGAAGACGUUCAUUCAUGUUUCAGCUCACAAACUAAAGGAUAAUGAGCAGCUCAGAGGAGGUAUCUUGGAUCUCCUGGUUCUGUGGACUCAGAGGAAAUGAGUUCUUUUGUGAGGUUGAUGAGGACUACAUACAGGACAAGUUUAACCUGACAGGUCUGAAUGAGCAGGUGCCUCACUAUCGCCAGGCUCUGGACAUGAUUCUGGACCUGGAGCCAGAUGAUGAACUUGAAGAUAACCCCAACCAGAGUGACUUGAUAGAGCAGGCAGCAGAGCUGCUCUAUGGGCUUAUACAUGCACGUUACAUCCUCACAAACAGGGGCAUUGCACAAAUGUUGGAAAAGUAUCAACAAGGGGAUUUUGGCUAUUGCCCCAGAGUCUAUUGUGAGAAUCAACCAAUGCUUCCUAUUGGUUUGUCUGACAUCCCUGGGGAAGCAAUGGUGAAGCUUUAUUGCCCAAAGUGCAUGGACGUGUACAUGCCAAAAUCAUCGAGACACCACCACACAGAUGGAGCGUAUUUUGGGACUGGAUUCCCUCACAUGCUGUUCAUGGUGCACCCAGAGUAUCGGCCAAAGCGACCAGCCAAUCAGUUUGUGCCAAGGCUGUAUGGAUUUAAGAUUCACCCGAUGGCUUAUCAACUCCAACUUCAGGCUGCAUCAAACUUCAAGAGUCCAGUGAAGACGAUUCGCUGACGCCCACCUUGGACCGCCACAGUGCACGAG